AUGUCCGCUUUGACAAGGUUUACGCAAAUAUCUGACGCUUUGAUUAUUUUCAACGCCGAUAUUUGCGGAGAAUCUCUCAACAAUUCUUCAGUCUACUCUUUGGAGGUACAUAAGGAAGAACUGCGAGAUAUUUGGCAGAGAAUGAAACCCACGUAUGAGGAAAGUGUUCAGGAACUAAUGGCUUCUGCGGACGAGAAUAGCAAAGCUGAUCUUGAGACUAUUCGAGCCCGGUACCACAGCACUUACACUACAUAUGUCGAUUCUGUAGCUAAGAUAAGUGCCUGUAUAGAAUCCAAACGGGCGUCGAUAUCCAAUCCAAUCCCGAUGAAUACAUCUUCCGUCCGAGAUGAAUAUCCGUCAGUUCAUUUACCACCGUGUGACACAGAGCUCUUUCACGGAGAUUAUCUAGCUUGGCCGACCUUCCGAGACUUGUUUACGGCCAUCUAUAUAAAGAAUUCGAGGCUUUCACCGGUGGAAAAGCUUUUCCAUUUGAAUAAUAAAACGCGAGAUGAAGCCAGGGAUAUUGUCCGCAAAGCCCCAUUGACCAAUGAGGGCUUUGAUAUUGCCUGGAAAGCUCUGCAAGUUCGGUAUGAAAACAGGAGGUUGCUUAUAAAUAGCCAACUGAAGGUUUUGUUUAGCCUUCAAAGAAUAUCUGUCGAAUCCGGAGACUCCAUAAAGGAGAUUCAAAAUUCCAUCAACAGCAUAAUAUCUGCUCUGAAACUCUACCAGAUCGAGAUACAAGGUUGGGACCCUAUUUUCGUCUACCUAUGUAGCACUCGACUUCCCGAAAAUACCCUUUCAUUAUGGGAGCAGUCUGUCAAUAACAAGACAGAAUGUCCGUCCUGGAAGGACCUUGAUUCCUUCCUCACUAGCCGAUACCAAACGUUGGAGACGGUUCGAAAUUUAAGUGAUCAGCCUUCCACUUCUAAAUCGAGCGAACCUCCCAAAGUUAAUGUCAAACUAUCCGGUCAGAAACGGGUUAAUUCUUAUCAGAACAGCUUAGCUCUUCCUCCUUGUAAACUUUGUCCAGACGUAUCACAUACAAUCCGAGUGUGCCCAAAGUUUAUAAGCAUGUGCUACAACGACAAGUUGGCUUUUAUAAAGAAGAUAAAGCUAUGCUUGAAUUGCUUUUCGAAGGGACAUGUGGUAAAAGAUUGCAAAAGUGCAUUUAAUUGUUCGAAAUGUCAACGAAGACAUAAUACCUUGCUUUGCAAUACAGGAACUGAAUCGGGUAACCAAUAUAUCACCGCUCCAAAUACACCAGUUCUACAGUCCACAUCCGAAGAUACGCCCCAAAUUUCUAGCGGUGUGACAAUUCAGUCUUGUGCUGCUACCACAUCCAGAAAGGUUCUCCUUGGUACAGCAAUUAUUCACAUCCUUCAUAGAGGUGAGAUAUUUAAAGCAAGGGCUGUAUUUGAUUCUGGUUCAGAAGCUUCGUUCAUUUCUGAACACCUUUUCAACCUUCUUCGACUUAAUAGCAAAAGGAUAUCCGCCCAGAUCUCCGGGCUGAAUGGGUGUGUGUCCGCAUGUUCACAGAAAAUAUGCGACUUAUGUUUAAGUUCACCCAUAGACUCCGGAAUUUUCAUAAAUGCUUCCGCAAUCGUUCUUCCCCGACUGACAUCUUCAUUGCCCACCUUUACGGCUGAUAGCGACAUGUUUUCCCGUUUACCGGACAUUCGUCUGGCGGAUCCUGAUUUCUUUCGAACAUCAUACAUUGAUAUUCUGAUCGGGGCAGACUUAAUUCCUCAGGUAAUGCUUGGUGGGGUGAGACACAAGGUUUGUGGAACACUGAUGGCUCAAGAGACAGUGUUCGGAUGGAUUUUGACAGGGCCUGUUGCUUCUGAUAAUAUUUCCUCCUUUCGAACAACGGUCUCCUACUUUAACGAGUUAGCGCUCGGUGAGAGGAUAUCCAAAUUUUUUGAGAUGGAAGAUAUUCCUAAACGAAAACACAUGUCGGAUGAUGACAAAUACUGUGAAGAGUACUUUGCUGAGUCCACGCGAAGGGGCCCAACGGGCCGAUAUGUUGUAUCAUUGCCAUUCAAGAAAGAGUUUGGAAAUACUUUGAGACUAGGUCCGUCGAAGAGGAAUGUAACGGCCCAAUAUUUUCGGAACGAGAAUCGUUUGAUUAGAACACCAGAUCUGAAGGUACAAUAUGACAAAGUGCUCAAGGAAUACUUGGAACUUGGCCAUAUGAAAGAGGUUCCGUCAAAUCCUUCCCAAGAUGAUUCCAGAUAUUUCCUUCCACAUCAUGCUGUGGUUCGCCCUGACAGCGUGACUACGAAGGUCCGCGUCGUCUUCAAUGCUUCGAAUCCAACUUCGAAUGGUGUAAGCUUGAACGACGUCCUUUACUGCGGACCGUCCCUCCAACUUGACCUGACUAGUUUGCUUCUCCAAUGGCGCUUUUACAAAAUCGUCUUUAACAGCGAUAUUGAAAAGAUGUACCGCCAGAUUUCCGUUAAUCCUAGCCACACACCCUUCCAGCGUAUAAUCUUUAGGGAUGAUCCAAACGACAACCUCCACGAAUAUGAGCUCCAAACGGUUACGUUUGGAUUGAAUUGCGCCCCAUAUCUCGCACUUCGUACAAUUCAACAGCUAGCCACUGACAUUAAGGAUGUUUAUCCGCUAGCUAGUCAUGUUUUAAUGUCGUGUAUGUACGUAGAUGAUGUUAUGGCAGGAGGCCAUGACGUGUCAUCAGCCAUUAAGGUCCAGACAGAACUGACUGCUGCCCUGGAAUCCGCUGGAUUCGCAUUGAGGAAAUGGACCUCCAAUUCAUCCGAAUUCCUUGCUUCCAUUCCUAGGGAACAUUUACUCAAUGAAGAUUUCCUACAGUUUAAUGACAAUAGCACGGCUAAAACUUUGGGCGUAAGGUGGAACGCCAGAUAUGAUUAUUUCUAUUUUUCUGCCAAAGCCAUCAGGCCUAAGGAGAGGCCUACUAAGAGGUUCAUUUUAUCCGAGAUAUCUAAACUGUUUGAUCCCGCUGGCUGGCUUUGUCCAUAUAUUGUACUAGCCAAACUAUUAAUGCGAGAUAUAUGGGCCUCCAAUACCGACUGGGACAGCCCAGUUCCGACACAUUUAUUGACUAAUUGGUUAGAUUUCUUGGCCAAUUAUUCUGAUAUAAAUGACCUCCGUAUUUCCCGUUGGGUACAAUACACACCCGACUGCGAGGUGCAACUGCAUGGCUUCUGUGACGCCUCCGAGAAGGCAUAUGCCGCUACCAUUUAUUCACGCACCAUCGAUUCCAAUGGCAAUAUAAAUACCUAUUUACUCGUGGCAAAGUCCAGGGUAUCUCCUUUGAAAACCGUUUCGAUCCCAAGGCUAGAACUUUGCGCCGCACUUUUACUUGCCGAGACGAUUGAGGCAUUGAUGCAGGUUUUCCCUAUUCCGAAUACGAAAAUCUUUUGCUGGUCGGAUUCCAUGAUUGUCCUAGCAUGGUUGAAGAAACCUGCAUUCCUUUGGAAAACGUUCAUAGCCAAUCGGGUUUCCAAAAUUUCCGAGAUUAUCAGUGGGGACAAUUGGUCCCAUGUGGAAUCUAGACACAAUCCUGCAGACAUUGCCUCUUGGGGUGCUUAUCCGAAAGAGCUUUCCGGUAAUUGUACAUGGUGGUGUGGACCGCCAUGGUUGCAACUUCCUCCAAGUUUGUGGCCAAUACCAAGUUCGGUCCAGAUUGACGAAACUCUAAUGGAGGUUCGCCAAGUUCAAAAUAAUUUCGCGUACUUUCCGAAUUUCGAAGACCUUCUUGACCGAUUUUCUUGCCUAGGAAGGGCGCUCCGAGUAAUGUCAUACGUGUACCGAUUUAUUGCCAGUCUGAAGGGCAGUAGGGCUUCAAAUGACAGUAUUCAUUCUGAGGGAGAUGUCAUCGAGACGACUAGAAAUUCGAUAAUUAAGUUGGCGCAAAUGCACCAAUAUCCAAACGAAUAUCGCAAACUUUCUCAGAAGGAGCUAAUACCCACCUCUAGUUCACUUUCUAAUCUCAAUCCCUUUAUAGACAAGAAUGGUCUCAUGCGGGUUUGUAGCCGUAUCGCUGGGUCAGAAAGCUUAACUUAUGACGAAAAAUAUCCGAUUAUACUUCCAUACCACAGUACGUUUUCCAGGCUUUUACUACGUUUCAUUCAUACCAUAACAUUACAUGGCGGAAACAAUCUGAUGCUUCGUAUGCUACGGCUCCAAUUCUGGAUGCCUAGAGCUAAGAAUCUCAUCAAAUCUACCGUUCACAAUUGCAAGAUUUGCGUUAUUGCUAAGCAUAAGUUGCAAAAGCAAUUGAUGGGAACCCUUCCUCCAGAGCGGACAACACUAUCCCGCCCCUUUACGAAUACGGGGUUAGACUUUGCAGGCCCCUUCGAGAUAAAGGCAUAUACAGGGCGUUCUUGCAAAACUACAAAGGGAUAUGUGUGUAUCUUUGUCUGCUUCGCCACGAGAGCAAUCCAUCUCGAGUUCACUACUUCCCUUUCCACUGCAGCAUUUCUAGCUUCCUUUCACAGAUUCGUGUCACGACGAGGGUGUCCACGUAAUCUAUAUUCAGACAAUGGUACCACCUUCGUGGGCGCUUCUAAAGAAAUCUCUCAGAAUUUUCUUCGCUGUUCCCGCGAUUCAAUAUCCGCAAAUUUUUCGUACCAGAGUAUAACAUGGCACUUUAUACCCCCGGGAGCUCCUCACAUGGGAGGACUCUGGGAAGCCGGGGUAAAAAGUUUUAAGCUACAUUUCCGUAAAAUGGCUGGCAAUCAUAAAUUUACUCUGGAAGAGUUCGCUACAAUUCUAGCCCGAAUUGAAGCCUGCUUAAAUUCCAGGCCAAUUUCUCCGGUAUCUGAGGAUCCAAAUGACCUAUUGGCAUUGACGCCUGGUCACUUUCUUACCGGUGGUCCGAUCCUCUCCAUUGCCGAACCAUCGGAGUCCGAUGGCAAUCUUUCCGUUUUAAACCGUUGGCGUCGAGUAAGGGCUCUAUGCCAACAAUUUAGCAUCCGAUGGAAACAUGAAUAUAUCAAAGAAAUACAUAAACGUAUGAAAUGGCAAACCCCUCAGAAGAACUUAGAAGUUGGCUCUAUGGUCGUUAUUCGAGAUGAUUGUUUACCCCCAAAUGAGUGGAGACUGGGUAGAGUUUCUAAAAUUUAUACUGGGAAAGACCAUUUGGUAAGAGUGGCCGAUAUUGUCACGACAAGGGGUAUAAUCACUCGUCCGAUAGUGAAAAUUGUUCUCCUCCCUCCUUGCUAA